AAAUGAUACAACAGUGUUAAAAUCAUGAUGCCUUUUUAUCAUAUCAUCACAAUGCCCUUUAUGGCAUGGGUUCAGGGUAUCUGAGGAGUCAUCUGGCCUCAAUGGGAUUGGUCUGUCUCAUUUACUCCACCGGAAGAGGCCUACUUCACACCCUAUCUGCCAAAGAAUUUCAGCUGGGGGGGGGGAGUCAAGAAGAGCCUUUGCUGCUGUGGCCCCCACCCUUUGGAAUAUUCUUCCACCAGAGCUUGUACAAUGAAGAGAGAAAUUUGCUCCGCAUUCAAGCAAAAGAAAGGCGAAAUCAGGAAGCCCAUCAGGAGAGAGAAGCGUUCCCUGCAGAUAUUCCCCUUUUUGGAGCGCCUUACAAGAAUAACAAAGCCGAUGAAUUGUCUAGCCGAAUUCAGAAAAUGUUUGGCAAUUAUGAAGAGAUGAAAGAGCUCAUCGUCAACCAGUUCUAUCAGAAUUUCAUAGGGAUUCCUACAAGUGUGAUGCCUCUCUUCCCCCCGCCUAAAGCAAAUCGCCCGCUCCUUUCUGAAAAGACUGGCACCCCAUUCCAGAACCGCGGCCACCAUCGCAAACACGGGGGACCUCUUAGCUCGGAUGUUCCGUCUGGAGGCAGCUCCUACCCAAAAAUUCACUCGAGGGUGGAGCCAGCCUCACAAAGCGCUGGAUUGCCUAGCUAUCAGAAGCCAGGUCCCGCCAAGAGCUGCAAGACUGAAGGACUUCAAAGUGGUAGAUGUCCGCCGAAAAGUAAAAAGUCCACUGAAAAAACUACUGCACCUGAGACGCGACCCUCACUUAUGGAACUUUCUCCCUUAUUGUCUACGUUGUGUUCCCCUGUACCACCUCUGUCCCCUUUACAUUCCGGCCAGUGUGUCAGUUCCAGAUCCCUCAGCAGUAAGAUCGAAAAGCAUGGGCAAAAUAGCUCCCCGUCUCUGGAGCUCCUGACCAGCACACGCGAUAAUGAAAAUGAGGACACUUCAACCGCUACCGUAGCUGUCAAUGCUCAGCUUUCCAGCCAGACAUUUCCCUCAUCCUUAUCAAAAACCAGUGCAAUACAACAGAAACCCACUGCCUACGUUAGACCAAUGGAUGGCCAAGACCAGGCUCCAGAUGAGUCACCUGAACUCAAGCCACUGCCAGAGGAAUACCAGGAACAGUCCUAUGGGAAAAUAACAAAUUUAAAAACCAACGUCAAGACCAACUUACCCAAAUUGAAAAUACCCACGGAACCAAUUGAGCAGUCUUACUCCAAUGAAGCCCAUUGUGUUGAAGAAAUUUUGAAGGAAAUGACCCAUUCAUGGCCACCUCCUUUGACAGCUAUCCAUACUCCUAGCACAGCUGAGCCUUCAAAGUUUCCAUUUCCUGUAAAGGAAACCCAGCAGCCUGGAUCAGUAAUUCAGAAGCAGUGUGAUACGCCUUUGAAGACUUUGUCUGUUUCUCAGCAACGGACAUCAACACUGCAUAAAGAUCUAGAGAUCAGUGACAGUGAAGACUGCGAUGAUGACCAAGUUUCUGAUAAACCGUCUUCCUCAUCAACACCUCCAAGUGCCCCACAAUCGCAGCCUGAGAGUGUGGCAUUGGCUCCUUCCAGCAGUGCAGAAUCCGAAAGCACAAGUGACUCGGACAGUUCCUCCGAUUCUGAAUCUGAAAGCAGCUCUAGUGACAGCGAAGGAACUGAUCCGCCAACAAGAGUCUCGACACCUGAGCCUGAUCCACAAACCUCCAACAGAUGUUGGCAGCUGAACAACUGGCUGAUCAAAGUAAACCAGCCAGUAUCUCCUACAGAGAGUUUCCUGGAAGAUGACCAUAGUAGAAGCAGCGUCCAGGAGAGCAAAGGACAAGGAAAAACUGUCAGCGCUAGCAGCGGCAAUGGAGGCAAAAGGGAAUGUCAGAUGACAGAUGGUCACUCCAAAACCGGCAGCAGAGUGUCUCGGUCAAAUCAAGAUGUCCAUCUCCCUACCAAACGCAGUUACCAAAAGUCUCCUGUGGUCUCAGAAGACUCUCUCCACCAGACGGUGGGCAGUAAGCAACCCAGGAAAUCCAGUAAAGCGACUGUACAGGAGGAACCAAAGAGAGGCCUAACAGUUGAAAGUGAGCCACCUGGACUGUACGGGGCCAAAGACCAGUCUUCCAAAGACAAGCCUAAGGUGAAAACGAAAGGGAGGCCGAAAUCUGACGAUAAGAAGGAAUCAAAACCAACUGCCCCGGAAACCACUGAGAAGAAAAAACACAAAACCCUUAAAUUGUUAUUUGCUCACGAUGAGGCAAAAGUAGAUGUGGCGGGAAGUGCCCUGGAACCGUUGCCCCUCAGUCCUCUCGGUGAAAGCCCAAGGGUGAUUGCCACCAGUAGAACUAAUGGCUCCAAGGUAUCUGUUACUGUCAAGGAGGAACUUCAAAGGGACAAAUAUAUUUUGCCUAUCAGGGAUAAGAAGUUGCUGUCGCCCUUGAGGGAUUGCCCCGUCCCGCCAGGACUUGUGGUUAAAAUUGAGCUUGCUCUCCUCUCGCGGAUCCCUCAGCCACCCGAGAAGGGGCUCUUCCCUAAAAAACACGAACUUAAAGACAGCCAUGGUAUGGCAAAGCAGGGUAUCGACAAAAGAAGCACAGAUGCGCCGAGCAAACCUCUCAAAAAGAGAAAGCAGGAAGAUGCACUGAGAAAUGAUCAGAAGAAGGUCAAGCUGGAGAGAGAAACUAAAUCUUCCUCAUCUUUAGGCCAUAAAGAUUCCAGUAAAACUAAGAUGUCGAAGCUCUCGGCAACAGAGACGCAAAGGAGAGAGAUGCCACUGCCGAUGCCACCACCACUGUCUCCCAUGCAGCCUGCUCAGAAGCCGCCUAAGACAGCUCAAAAGAGGCCAAAGACUGAAAACGAUGCCUGCUAUCAAGUUCCCGGUCCCACUGUCAGCACUGCCAAGAGCAAAGAGAGCCACAAAGAAUCUUCAUCCUCCAAGCACAGGAAACUGGAGGGGAAACCUUUGGAAAACUCCAAAAGUGACAAAGGCUCUGCAGAUGAUGUCCCAAACCCCUUCCCAGUGCCUUCUUUGCCAAACGGUACCUCCAAGCCAAUGAAGCCUCAAAGCAAGCCUCACCGACAACAUCCAGCAGAAUUUCACUUAAGGGAAGCCAAAAGAUUGAAGCACAAAGCUGAUGGAAUGACAGACAAAAUUGGAAAGGCCUUCAAAUACUUGGAUGCUGCCCUGUCCUUUAUUGAGUGUGGCAUUGCAAUGGAAUCCGACCCCCUCUCACCACAGUCAGCCUAUACCAUGUUUGCAGAAACCAUAGAACUCAUUAAAUUCAUAAUGACAUUAAAAUCCUUUGCGGACUCUUCAACAACCACACAAGAAAAAAUCUUCAUUGUGUUUUGCAUGCGCUGCCAAGCCAUUCUGUACAUGGCAAUGUUUCGCUACAAGAAGGACACAGCAAUAAAGUAUUCGCGGACUCUUAAUGAACAUUUCAAGAGUUCUUCUAGAAUUGCCCAAGCACCUUCUCCAUGCAUUGCAAGGAGCAUUGGCACCCCUUCUCCGCUCUCCCCGAUGCCUUCUCCGGCUAGCUCAGUCAGCUCCCAGACGGUUUCCAGCACCACCAGCUGUGGAAGUAGCAGUCUUGGCUCCUCAGUCAGCGUCCCUCAUUAUAUCCCGACCAUCACCUCCUCCUUCGUUAACAUCACUUCUUAUAUUCUGUACGCCUAUGACUUCUGGGAACAAGCUGAUCUUUUGGCUAGGAAAAAUAAGAAAUUUUUUUCCAAGCUCAGCGCUGCCGCCUGCUUUCUCUCGCUGAACAGCAGUAUGAUCGAACUCGUACACUACACCCGUCACGGAUUGCAAUGGCUGAGACUGGAAUCAAACAUGCCUUAAUGGGUGACUCAAGGUGAAGAUUUUGCCUUGGAACUCUUUUGCACUUUGAAAGCCUCCGAAGUAAAGUCUUUCUGAGCUGACUGGUUGGGAUUUGAAAGAAAGAAAGAAAGAAAAGAAAGAAAGAAAGAAAGAAAGAAAGAAAGAAAGAAAGAAAGAAAAAGAAAGAAAGAAAGAAAGAAAAAGCAAGCACCUGGAACAAGUUUGAAAUUAAGCAUGAUUGAAGGGAUCUGGCGCCACUGGAAAACUUUUAUUAGAGACUGCAUUUCUAUUAUGCCAAUGGGCCACUUAGGAAGAUAAAAAGAGUGAAGAAGAGGCCUCAAAGUGGAAGAAGAUGCCUUUCUUUCAAAGGACAAAGUGCAAUUGUUUCCUUUCUCUACCCUUGCCCCUCCCCCCUGCCCUUCCCCUCCCCCCCCCCCCCAUUCUCAUCAUGGUUUCUUUGUGUCAAUGGUCUAUAAACAUUUCUCUUAAUGAAUAACCAGCAAAAUAAUCAGUCAGCACACGUGAAGGAGCACCGGUGAAAUCCAUUUCCCAAAGGUUUUUCUACAACAUCUAAGGAUGCACCGAUAUCCCAGGGGGGGGCGGGGGGUCCAGUGCAUAAUUCUGAAGCCGUCUUCCUGCCUGUCCCGUUUCUCCAUGUGCUACUAGCGGCCAAUUGUUGCACUAUUUCUUCUGUCCUCCUGACCUGUAAGCAGGCCUAUCCCGUUUUUUCUUUUCCUCGUUUGCUUUCUCCUUUCCUUUGUUUGUUUGUUUUGGCUAUUUGUAGCAGCAGUUGUAGCAGUUUUCAGCUGUCGUGGGUAGUAGUUUCCCCGAUUCUGCAUUUGGCCCGUUGGACGAUCUCAUCAAAAGCGGCAGCUCACGAGGCGGCCUACAGUGUCAGAAGCAUAUUUUGAGCAGAAAACUGGGUAGGUGUGAUGUCGAUUCCCACGCCCUCCUCUCUAAAUUAGGGAUAUGGUUCCGGUUCAUCCCCGGAGCAGCUGUGGAUAAACUACACUACUAAGAGGAAUGGAUUGCCACCGCUGCUGUUAAAGUUGCUACUCCGUUAGUAGCUCCACAGAGAGAGAGUACCAGGCCAAAAAGGGGGAGAAUCCCCUAGCACCAAAUAAAAGGAGUGGCAUUUGAAGAGGCCUCUUCUACUUCUAUAAAAUUUGUUGGGAGAUAUUUAAAGAUCUUUGGGAGGGAGGAAUUUUGAAGUGUGCCAUUUCAGUUCACCUUCCCUAACUUAACAUGGCAGAUUCAGAUAUAGUGCCUUAGUUGGUGCACAAUUUUUCAUUCAUGCUGGCCAGGAUACAGCCUGGCUCAAUUUUUCAUGAUCCUUUUCAUUUGAGAGGAUUCUGUUUCCUCGGUUGUAAGAUACUUUGGUCCAUCUACUUGAAAAACUCUAGGUUCUUCCAUGCAAAUACAUAUAGUCCUCUCUGGUCCACAAACAUCUCUCUGCUUCCUUUAUUAAUUUAUAAAAAAUCCCCAUUAACAAGCAUGCUGCAUUUGUUUUCCUGUAACCUGUCAAGCGUAAGAAACACAAGUAUUCUGUUUAAUCUAAAAUAUAUAUUUUGCCGCCUUCUUUUCAGCCAUGCUUUUAAUUCUCCCGUUUGCAUCUGUUAUCGCUUGACUUAAGCUGGCCACUCGGGGAAUGAAUACCUACCUUCCAGAUAAAUUAUUCUUAAGUGCGAUUAUAAGUUUUUCUUUUGGACUGAUUCUCAAGAGUCAAAAAGUUGGAAUCGAACACGUCUGGAUGUUUGCUGUAAAGGCAGGCCGUUAUUUUUGUGGAGUUGAUGUAGAGCAUUUCUUAUUUUUACCGUAGAUUUAUUUCCUUUACCAACACUAGUAAUAAAACUCUCGACUUUUUGAAGAUAGGCCCAUUGUAGAGAAUCUUACUGAUUCUUUCAGGGCAGAUUUGAUUUGGGGAUAAUGCAGUCCCCAUAGGGACUUGGAAGGGAGCAUAAGGAUUUCCAGAAAUAACCUACUUCUACUUAAGAGAAACAUUUUUCCCCCUUCAAAGUGUUUACAUCCAAGUUAUUUAAUUUUGAAGAAGAUGAGGUGGAGAUCUUGCAACCUUCCAAAUCGGUGCAAGACACACACACGCAUGCACGACAACAAACGUUGAAAUUGAUGGGUGAUAGAAAUCUUGCAUUUCAAAUUGCAAUUGAAGAAGCAUUGGGGAAGAGCAAAAUCCUGGUUGCUGUUGGGCAGAGAGCAGAAGCCGCAGACCCUGGCACUUUGCCAAUGCUUAGCUUCGUUCCUAUACCCCAGGCAUCAGCAACCUCUUGGGGUACCUAAUACCCCUAUUCCUGAACUGCUGAGUCUUCCUCUCAGUAAGAUGUUGCUUGAGGUUACUGACAUCUUGGUUAAGAAUUUUGAAAUUGGGUCAGAUUUGGGGGGAAUUCUGGGGCGCUUCCCAGUCAACGUUUUAGUCUCCGUGAGCACUACACUCUUUAUUAUACAGGGACAUACAGGUUCCCGAUCAGAAAUAUUUGAACUCACAACAUUGCUGCAGUGAUAUCUCAGGAAUGGGGGAAGUGCGUCAAAAGAUGAGGUUUUUAAAUGCGACUGGAUUGGUACCUGCUUUUCCCCAGGGAAGGAUUUGGUCCAAGUAUGGGAAAGUGGGCUGCUUGAACCCGCUGUCUUAUCACACUAAACCAGUGAGGGCAAACCUUUUCAGCACCGAGUGCCCAAACUGGAACUCGUGUGCAUAUGUGUGCGCCAGAGUACCGGAAAUCCAAAGACCAGCUGGCUGGUGUGCACGAAUGCGCCAGCCAGCUAGUCUAAAGGGUUCCAGCAUGCGCACCAGACAGCUGGUCUUCUUGCGUGCAUUGGAGCACCGGAAACCCCAAGACCAGCUGGCUGGCGCACGAAUGCCUGUUUUUUGGCCUGUUUUCAGGCCGUUUUCCAGCGCCCGCAAAGACCAGCUGGACGGUGCAUGUGCCCACAGAGAGGGCUCUGCGUGCCACAGGUUCGCCAUCACAGCACUAAACAGAUGCAAAAACUCUGAGCAUGGAUGCGAUACCGAGCAACACUACCUAUGUUUUGUCUCCCUAUUGCAAAUCACAUCCCUUCCCUUUCCCCAUCAGUCUUUGUAGACUCAGGAUCAAGAUUUCCCUUUCUCUAGCUCCUUCUCCCUCCCUCUCUCUCUCUCCCUCUCCCAAAUAACUCCUGAACCAGCUUAGAUCCUUUGCUGCUGCUUUUGCAUUGUGAACUAUAUUCCGAUAGAAAGAAUCCUCAGUUGUUAAGGGCCCCCCACUUCAGCCCACUUUUCUUGAGCACUUUAUUCAAAAGUACGUUCAAUCCCAGAAUCUCCCGGAGAUUCAGUUGACUAAUCUCUCUGUGAAAAAAAAAAAAAGACACAAAAAAGACUGCAGUGCGUUUGUGCGACUGGUUUUAUAUGACUGUUCAUAAAAUGGUAAAGGGGUGGGGUAGGGGAAGCAAUAGAGGUUUCAUUUCAUAAAAAUAAAUAAAUAAAAGUUUGGUUUGGUUCAGGCAAGGCUGUAUAAAACCUCUUCCGGAACCAAAGGGGGAGGGAACGCUUCUCAGUUUUCCAGAGAAGUAAAAUUCUCCGAUUUGAAAAGCUUUUGUGUUCUGUGAUUCUCCUCCCGCCCCAAAAAAUCCUUGUUUGUUUUAAUUUUACAUGGAAUUGCAGAGAAACAGUCCAUUCGUGGGGAUCAGGUUUAAGACCCUUAUGGUUUUAAUUUUUUUUUCUCUCAAAAGACCAAUUUAAUUAACGAGCAGACUCCAUCCCUAUUCUAAGUUCUAUUUCCCAGUUCUACAUGGACGUUUCAUGAAUUUUAUCCAGUCAAGCUUUAUGUUCUCCAUCCAAGGAGCAAGAAAUAAAACGUUUUUUCCAUUUUUAAACACAAGUCUGUGAAGCUGCACGCUGAAAGCAGCUUUCUUCCCAGAUAUUUAUUUAGAAUUAUAAUUAAUGUAUUUAAAAUUGACAAUGUUCUUAUAUAUCUAAGAUAAACCAUAAUUUAAUAAUUUGCAAGUUCCAUUGACACUGGAGAUGUGGACUGAACAUUAUUAGGUUGAUGACAAUUUUAUUUUUAAAGGGCAAUUUCUCUUCUUAACUAUCCUUUUUUAAAUAAAGAAACCAUGGGAACAGAGUGGAAAAAAAUCUGUACAUUUAAAUUUAUUAUGGGAUGUUGUGUCUCCAUCUUGUAAAUAUUUUCUGCCCUGUAUAUUGGUGGUAUUUCCAGAUUGAUUUGUUUAAAUUCUGUGGGGUAAUAAAUAAAUAUUAAAUGAAGCAGCA